AUGCAGGCAAAUAAACUGAUGGAUCUGGAAGCGCGGUUGUUGCGAUUAUCUCGGGAGCUGGACUCCUAUCAUGGGCACCUAGUGCAUCGAAAUGAAGCGGUGCCCCGGACCGCUGAGCGGAUCGUUAAGAGGAGGAAAUACAGGAGCUGCGGUCCGCUUAAGAGUAAUCGAUUUCUGAGCUCGAAGAACAUGAAGUUUAGAAAAUUAUACGAAAACUUGGUCGAAACAGAGAAAGAAAAGACACAUUUACAAUACACUCUAGCUGAAAUUCUGGAGAAGUAUCAACAUUUACUAGAUGGUACCAAGUACCUCGACAUAGAAUGGAGCAAAUUAACAAAUCCACUGACGUUGGUGGCUAAUGGGUGGUCUAUGCAUAGAAUUGUCGAUAGGAAGGCCCCCGAUGCUGGGGAAACUCACAAUAGUUUAAUAUGCACUUGUUCGAAUUGUCACCAGCUUAUAUCAUUUAAUUGUGAUAAAACAUCAAUGGACUUAUCUGACAAAUUGGCUUUGAGAGGGUGGCUAACAGAUAGUCAUCUAAAAGACUGCUCUUGGAGACAUUACCAGUUCCCUUUAGAAAGAGACUAUUACCUAAACAAACAUAAUCUACUUGCCGAAUUCCUAUGUUUACAAAAGCUCAAUUUACGAGCAACGAUUGAAGUAGAUAUCUUCUAUAGGAACAGCAUUGAUCAAAUACGUUAUUGUUUCAACAUUAAAGAUGAAAAUAACCUGAAAUUGUUUCUAAGAGGAUUCUGGAGUUCGAAUCCAUCACACACGAUAAAAGAUUUCGUGACUUGCCAAUACUGUUGUUGUAGAUCAGCAUUGACUUCAUUAUCUAAAAAUGAUCAUGUCGGUCACUAUCCUUGGUGCAGGUACCAAGAUCAAGAUCAACUAUAUCACCUAAUUGAGGAUGCAAUUCAUGAUAGCUCCUAUAUUGUCAAGGAAUUACCAAUUGUGGCUAGAUUGAAUAAGUUGGAAAAGACCUUAGAGAAAUUGUAA